AUGGUCAGGUGCCUCGACAACAAGAUACCCUGUAUUUGGAUUCUGGAGAGAAAGCUUGCUGGCGAUGAGGACUGUCUGACUGUUAGCAUUUAUAAACCGAAGAAUAGCAGUCGAAAAAGCUUUCCCGUUGCGGCCUUCAUACAUGGAGGGGCCUUCAUGUUCGGCGGCUCCAGUGAAGACGGCCAUGAUAGGUUUAUGAGCGAUGGAAAUCUCAUUCUCGUGAAGAUAAGCUACCGCCUUGGGCCUCUUGGCUUUGCCAGCACUGGUGACGCGAAUCUGUCCGGAAACUUUGGCCUGAAGGAUCAGCGCCUGGCCUUGCUCUGGAUCAAGCAGAACAUAGCCAGCUUCGGUGGUGAACCAGAUAACAUUCUAGUGAUAGGUCACUCCGCAGGCGGUGCAUCCGUUCAUCUGCAGAUGCUACAUGAGGAUUUCAGAAAUGUGGCCAAAGCAGCAAUCUCAUUCAGUGGAAAUGCACUGGACCCAUGGGUGGUUCAGCAAGGUGGUCGCGGACGUGCCUUUGAGCUGGGACGCAUUGUGGGCUGUGGACAGACAAGCGACUCUCUGAAACUCAAGAAAUGUUUGAAGUCCAAGUCCGCAAGUGAAAUAGUCUCGGCUGUCCGUAGCUUCCUCGUGUUUUCAUAUGUUCCGUUUACGCCUUUCGGGCCUGUUGUGGAACCGGCAGAUGCACCAGAAGCCUUUAUUACCCAACAUCCUAUCGAUAUUAUUCAGAGCGGGAAGUUUGCACAAAUUCCUUGGGCUUUGUCCUAUACCACUGAGGAUGGAGGUUACAACGCCGCUCUUCUUCUUGAAAAACAGUCGUCUACUGGGCAGGAGUUGAUUGAGGAGCUUAACGAUCGGUGGUUUGAUUGGGCUCCGUAUUUGUUGUUCUACCGUGACUCAAUGACGACGAUCAAAGAUAUGGACGAUUGCUCACGCAAACUGAGGCAGGAGUAUCUGGGAGAUCGACGAUUCAAUGUGGAAAGCUAUUUGGAUCUGCAACGACUUUUUACUGACGUUCUGUUUAAAAAUGAAACGGAGAAGGUACUGGAUCUUUAUCGAAAACACGGAAAGAGUCCAGUUUAUGGAUUUGUCUACGACAAUCCAGCCAACGCAGGAAUCGGCCAAGCACUGGCAAAGCGCACUGACAUUCAUUUUGGAACGGUGCAUGGUGAUGACUAUUUCUUAAUUUUCGAAAAUAGCGCUCGAGAGUUUCAGUUGCGAUCAGAUGAGAAAAUAAUUUCAAGGAACUUUCUGAAGAUGCUGAAUGACUUUAUACUUAGCGAAAAUGGUACUCUUGCGUUUGACACUUGCGUUUUUCAGGAUAAUGUAGACAGUAGCAAAAUUCAACUGCUCUCUAUAACUCGAAAUGGGUGCGGAAACCUAUAACUGAAGAGCUUUCCGCAGUUCCAUUUGGAAAAUUAUAUAUGUACAUUUAUUUUCAAAUAAAUUACCAAUGACCAGCAAACUUCAA